AUGCAUCCCUACAACCCGCAUUUCGUUGCUCUUCGAUCAAGCGGCAACCCGAACCAAACGAAUGCUCCUAACCAACCGUUUGUUCUAGUUCCCACUCGACUGGCCGCCUAUGGAACCGGGUUUAUCGAGUAUAAUCACAAUCAAACCGGUUUCAUAAACCUCUUGAUCCAACCUCUCUCAUGGGACCCAAAUCAAUGCGGUUGGAAUCCGAACGUCAACAUGGACGGUUAUAGCUCGUCACAAGGCGAGCCUUACUUUGUCUCGGAAACACAACCGGAGACCACACCGGAGGAGGAGCCAGAGACAGCACCGGAACAAACUAAACGAGGCAAAUGGGUAUCACAUAAAAAGAAAGAAACAACCGCAAACCGGCGGAAGAAGAGGCGUAUGAGCAACAUGCGGAGCUACCACGACCACCCAGUAGAAAAAGUGGUGGAAAAACCAGGCGACUGGAGUCAUCUUUUGGGGGAGGGGGGAUCCGACUUGAAAAAAGAGUUUUCAGAGAGGAAACAACAGCUUCAAGACAUACGCAAUCUCGGGGCUCAACGUAUACAAGAAAACCGGGAAGUGGUCGAGUUAAUGAAGGACAGGGGCGGAUCUACAUGGAGACUAGGGUUCUUGACAUCACAAUUGUUGCCCUAUGCCUCUCUCCAAGAGGCUGAAACCGCCAUUGGCCGAUCUCUCACACGUGCCGAAACCUUAUGGUUUAAUUACACAGCCAACAAGUCUGAUUACGUCCUCUAUUGGCAUAACAUUCCAUUAGUAUUUCUUGUAUCAACUCUACCACCUCUCUUCUACCUUGUUAUGGAACUCAUAUUUCCCACUUACGUCGCCUCUUACAAACUUCAACCCAAGAUUAAUUUUUCAUUACGCGAUAAGUUCAUAUGUUACUUGGGUGUAAUGCAAACACUCUUACUCGCCGCCGUACCCAUGUUACUCAUCUCUUAUCCUUUAAUGAAAAUGAUUGGUAUUAGAACAAGCUUGCCCUUCCCGUCAUCAAUGGAGGUUAUAUCACAACUAAUUAUCUACUUUGUUAUCGACGAUUACGCUAAUUAUUGGAUCCAUAGACUUUGUCAUUUGAAGUGGAUGUAUGAGAAUAUCCAUAAGGUUCAUCAUGAAUACACAGCACCUAUGGGGUUUGCUACUUUGCAUGCCCAUUGGUUGGACGUAGUGUUAUUUGGGAUUCCAUCUUUUCUUGGUCCUGCACUUGUCCCGGGACAUAUGAUUACACUCUUCUUGUGGCUUUUCUUAAGAGAGGUUGAGUCCGUUGAGAAUCACAGUGGGUAUGACUUUCCCUGGACAUUAAAAAAAAUUAUCCCAUUUUCCGCUGGUGCUGAAUACCAUGACUAUCACCAUUGCGUUGGAGGCCAAAGCCAUAGCAACUUUGCACCUGUCUUCACUUAUUGUGACUACAUAUACGGCACAUACAAAGGUACUUAAUAUAUAUUAGUUUUGUAUAUAUCAUAGUGUGUACUCAGGGUGAAGCUCUUAACAAUUUCCUCCUUUCACCAGGGCUACAACUACCACAAAAGACUUUUGAAGAA